GCAAAGGCAACACCAACGUGUCCCUGUCAUGGCAGCCACAUGUAACAGGACGGAGGUGCCUUAUCUCUCGGUUCCGAGCCUGGUGACAUGCUUUGACCGAUGCCUUUCAAGAGACCUGCCACUGGUCUUGCUUUCUGUUUGUUCUACUUGGCUUCUUAUUUCACCAACAAGUAUGUCCUGUCUGUCCUGAAAUUCACCUACCCAACACUUUUUCAAGGGUGGCAGACGCUUGUUGGUGGAUUUCUCUUACAUGUUUCCUGGAAAAUCGGCUGGGUUGAGAUCAACAGCAGUUCAAGGUCUGAAGUAAUAUCAUGGCUUCCAGCUUCUGCACUUUUUGUGGGUAUUAUUUAUUCAGGUUCCAGGGCAUUAUCCAGAUUGCCAAUUCCUAUCUUUCUUACCUUACACAAUGCUGCAGAUGUUCCAUUUUAUGGAGUGGAAGCCUCAGUACAGAAAGAGCAGACCUCUGUCUUAAAACUUUGCAGAGUGCUGAUUCUUCUGGUGGCAACAGUGGGGCUUCCUUUCUAUGAUCCACAGUUUGAUACAGAUGGGUAUUUUUGGGCCCUCAUACACUUACUAUGUGUUGGGGCUUACAAAGUAUUUCACAAGUUGUGGAAAACGAAUUCUCUAAGUAUCUCUGAACAACAGUACAUAAACUAUGCAUUCAGUGUGGUGAUGUUGGCUUUUGCAUCCCACCCAACAGGUGAUCUCUUCAGUGCCUUGGAAUUUCCACUCCUGUACUUCUACAUCUUUCACAGCAGUUGCCUUGCCAGUGGACUUCUGGGAUUUCUUCUGACUUUACAUACUAUGAAACUUAAAAGCAACAACUCCUCAGGACAGUAUAUAGUUUGGAAUUUCUUAGCAAAGGUUAUCACAGCUGGUCUGUCUCCAUUCUUCUUUGAGAUUGCAAUGAAUGUACCAACUGCCUGCUGUCUUUUGCUUGGUGGAUUUGCUGAAGUCUUGCUUCUUUACAUUGAAAAGACUGGCACGUGAACACUGGCAAGUCCUGUCCUGAUGGCACCUGAAACUCACUGCGUGGCUUUGCCUAGCUGCCUUUACAAAUCUGCUGUGAGGGAAACAUUGGAUGCAGGGAAGAACCAGACUAUAAAUGACCACUAUAAAUAAAUGAUCAUCAGUCACUCUGAUAGGGUAAGAGCACUUCAAGACUUACCCCUCUCUUUGUCUGACCAUACAACUCUAGCUGAGUCAACUGAGGUACACAAAAUCAUUUGUGCUUAUUUCCAUAUAACUGCAGUUGAACCACUGUCUAAAGGCCCUCUAUCAAUGGUUCAUACACACUAAUCCAGUUAACAAACUCACCGUUAACAAGUUACAAUAGCUGGAUUCAGACAAUGCCCCAAGUCGCAUUAUGUUUUUGUAUAUAUUAUGUGAACACAGCCAUCCGUUUCCAGUUUGCCUCAGCAAGGGCAAAUGUAAGUGUACUGGCUAAGGUGGUUAAUUUUUGUUCCUAUGGAUACAGAGUUAUAAAUGCAUUGUGGUCUGGCAUUUUUGAGCCUCUUUGCAAAAGCAAAAGCAAACAGAUUUCCAACCUACCUUACAAAGAAAUAGUAACUCAUUGGAAGGCUUUCUCCAGGACAUGAGUCCUUUGUACUUUUUGGAGUGGUAGGGAUCAAGACCACUGUGAAUAUUCAAAUGCUGACUCUGUUAGGUAAGCAGCAAGGAUGUAGUUUAAUCUCCAGUAAAGUGAGAGCAUCACGUUCAGUUCUACUUUCUGCAUAAAAUGGAACCAGCUGAGAAAAAACAAAAACAAAUCUAUCCCAGAAUUUGAUGUGUGCCCAGGGCUCUGUGGAAAAUAAGAGUAAAAAUUUGAAUGAUAAUCAUCACAUCUGCAACACCAAUUGCACUGAAUGAAAAAUGAAGUGAAUCUUAUUCACGUUUAGCCAUUUGUUUUUUUUUCACUCUUAUGUUUAGUUAUUAUUACAUACCUAAAUAUUUAUACAACUGGGUUACAACGCUUACCUGCAUGCUGUAAUUAGUCUUGACUCUACAUACUUACAAGGAAAUAUAUUGAUGCUGCAUAUAGUUUUGAAAUUCAGUCUGCGGCAUUGCUUCAUUUGAAUACAGGCUGUUUCCAUAGCAAAUAUUGGUCUUUGAAUCUCUCCUACCCCAAACAUUUUUGCUUCUGGGCAACUGCUUGUUGAAGGGCAUUUAGAUAUUUCACUGCCAUUCUUCAAAUCCUCAAAAGGACUGAAUCAUUUGCUUUAUUUAGUUAUCAUUCAGAGUCACACAAAGCAAAAAUAUAUACAUACACUGAAAAAACAAAUACAUACUCUACAUUGCUCCAAAAGCCAAUACUAUGAAAGUGUUAUGCAAUCUUUUUGCUAGAAUCUGUCAGUUUAGAAAGGGGGACAGAAGUCACACGUUAAUAUUGACCUCACUAACAUCUCAGAAGAAAACUGAUUUUGCAGAUCUCUGAAUCUCAUACAUUCUGAAUAAAGGAUUAGGAGUUGCUUUGCUACAGAGCUAGACUAAUAUCUGAUCUAGAACUACUGUAUGCCUCCCAAAUAAGAAAAAGCUGAUUGCUGUGAAGACAAUUAUGCUAACACAUUUGGCAGACAUGACAAAACCCUACAUGUAUUCUGAUGAAUUCAUACAGGGGUCCUCCAUGCAAAGGAUUUCAAGCCUCUCCCCAUCAAAUACAUAGAGAAUCUCUACAUUCAGACAUCUGUAGACAUCUAGGGACCCUUACCCAUACUUUGGAACAUAGAUGGAAAACAGUAGAUGGGGGCACAAGUCUGCCACCUCCCUCAAAUCUGAGGCUCAAAUAGUUGGUAUGAAUGUAUGAAUACACUGAGCAGUCCCAUAUUAAGCCAUAACAUUACUUCCUUGAGCCCUAGGAUGCAGUCUACAUGUGCUCUCUAAAGCCUAGGGUGUGGCCAAUAUAGGCUCCUCCAAAAGUUGCUGAAAUUUUAUUAUAGAUGAUUACAGGAUAACAAAUAAUAACAUUAUUCCAUUUUAAUUAUGUCAAAAUUUAAUUAACCUUAAAUUUAAUUCAGUGUUCUCCCAACCAUACCAUGUCUGUUCCCAUCUGCUUUUUGGGAUAUGCCCUCCCUCAUGCUACUAAGAGGCCUUAAAAGUUCUGUGCAAGCCCACUAUAAUCCAUGCUGAAAUCUCUGCCAAUGGAAGUUUCUAAUUAAACUACUAUUGCCAGAGACCGAAUCUGGGAAUGUGUACAUGCAAAGAAUAUAUGGCUAUGGCCUAAAUUAUUUAUAAUUUAUUGUAUCAAUGUAGAUAUUUUCAGUAUUAUGAGAUAUAACCCAGUAGUUGGUUCAAAAGCCAAAGAUGGUUCAAGAUACUUAUUUUUCCUAAUGAGAAUGCAAUGAAAAUCACAUAAAUUAAAAAAAAAUUAAGAGAAUUUAUUCUUGCCAAAUGAGUUUCCUUUAUAUUGCUUAUUUUGCACUUUCAAAAUUAAUGCAUCUCCUAAAUAAUAAGUCUUUUAAAAACAAUUGCUUUUGAAUGACAGCUUUAUGAAAUUGUACAUAGCUACCUCUACUUCCUUUAGUUUCUCAAAGAAACUCUUAUAUUGAGACUUUGGUUUAAAUUAUGUGCAAAAUCAAUUUACUUAAAUUGCCUGUGAAAAGGCUGAUAUUUAAUUAUCUUUUAAAAAACAGAUUGGCUCACAGUCCUAAUUAUUAGUAUUAUUUAGAACAUAUCAGCAUCUUUUCCUAUAGGUAAACAUUAGAAAACAUUCAGAAUGUAACUGGACAGCUCUGAGUGCCUCUUAAUGAAAAGAAGUGGCUGUUUAGGUGGCUGGAUGGACUUUCCCAAUCCAACGAUGGAACAGCUUUGUCCUGGAGUUCAACAUCACUGAUCAGGAUAAGGACUACCUUAACUGAUUAUGAAAAAUUUUUCUUGGCAAGGAUUAUCUUUCAUACUAAAACACAGAUGGUAUCUCAUAAUGAAAAAAAAAAAAGAUUUGGAUUUUGAAAAUUGCGAUCUUUGGAUUUUCUCAUAACAUUGUAAGAUGCGUAUAAAUGUUCUGUAAGAACUUCAAGGAGCACACUGCUGUUAUUCACAUAGUUGAAAUUCUAAAAUACUAAAAGAACUUGCUGUGGGACUUCUGAUCUGCUAUUCUUGAUCUUUAAGAAAUCUCUGAGAAUACAUGAGGCAUCAGAGAACUGGAGGGCAACAAAUGUCAAUCUGUCAUUGGUACUUGAAAGAAUUCUAGAGCAGUUCCUUAAAGGAAUCAUCUGAAAGCACCAUAAAAUACUGCAAAGUCAGCAUGCUCUGUCAAGAACAAGUCAGUAUGCUCUGUCAAGAACAAGUCAGACUUUAUUUCCUUUAUUGGAAAAUUGGGUAACUUUUUUAGUAAAUGGGAAUGCAGUAAAAUUUCAGCUAAACAUCUGACAUACUGCCCCAUGAUGUUCAGAUUAGCAAGAGAAUUAACAUUAGCCCCGUCUAUUAGGUGGAUUCACAGCUGGCAUGAAACCCAUACUCAAAAGUACCAAUCAACAAUUCUUUGUCACGCUGCAGGGACUUCUGGGGAAGAACUGGCGGACUGAAGAUGGCUCCAAAAAAUGGAGCUGACGACCACAGCAGAAUGAAGAGCCGGCGAGUAGACUUGUUCUUCGAUAAUUCCUCUCCGGACUUGAGAUUGCCAAGUGCUCCACACAGCUGCUCCUCGUGAGGAGAUCAAUACAUAGUGGUCUUUGGCAAGUUUAGAGCUCUGGGAGGCGAGGGAAUAACCAUCUUGCUCAGACUGAGGUUGGCGCCUUUGAAAGGACACUAA